AGUUUCCCCCAGGGGGCAAAUUAAGGCUCCACCCUCUCGUUAUCCCAUGCUAAUUACCUGCCUUUGAUAAACAUGUGACUAUGCUAAUGAAGGGCGUUAGAGUACAGGAACCCAUCAGCCUUCCUUUCCAUAUUGUGGGAGGAACCUUUUCCCCCAAACAAAGGCCCCGCCCAUAGGGGGUGGGAUCCAAAAUGGGCUAAAAAGCUGCGGGAAUGAGAGCUGAGUUAGUUUGGGGAAGAGACGUGUGGGUACAGGGUACAGGGGCUCUGCAGGCUAAUGAGGAGACUCUGCCCAAGGACAGAAGAGGCACAGAAGCCCCAGAAGCUGACAAUUCUCUGAUUCUUUGGAUAAAGACAAGAGGCCAUUAGACCGUGCAACUUCUCCAACACCAGGAAAUCCACACAUUGGAAAUAAAAAUCUGUAUCCGACUGAGAAAAAGCUUUAGUGCAAUGAGCAUUCCCAACUCCCAGAUGGAACUUCCCUCAGUGGCACAACAUGAAUGCCCAGAAUGUGGGAAAAGAUUCUCGGGGAAAAAACACUUAUUAUUCAUUACAGAGUCCACACUGGGGAGAAACCAUUCAUGUGCACAGAAUGUGGGAAAAGUUUCAGGCAAAAGCAACACCUUACAGAACACCAAUCUAUUCACACGGGGGAGAAACCAUUCAUGUGCACAGAAUGUGGGAAAUGUUUUGGGCGAAAGCAAUGCCUUACAGAACACCAAUUAAUUCACACAGGAGAGAAACCAUUCAUGUGCAUGGAAUGUGGGAAAAGUUUCAGGAAAAAGCGACAACUUUCAGAACACCAAUUUAUUCACACGAGGGAGAAACCAUUCAUCUGCAUAGAAUGUGGGAAAACUUUCAGGCAAAAGCAAAUCCUAACAGAUCACCAGAGACUUCAUACAGGGGAGAAACCCUAUGCAUGUACAGAAUGUGAUAAACAAUUCAAUAUAAAGAGUAACCUUCUCAGGCACCAGAGGAUUCAUACAGGGGUGAAACCAUUUGUUUGCAUGGAAUGUGGGAAAAGCUUCUCCGACAAGAGCUCCUUUCAAAAGCACAAGAGAAUUCACACAGGGGAGAAACCAUUUUCUUACACAGAAUGUGGGAAACAUUUCACCACAAAGAGCCAGCUUAGCAGCUAUUACAAGGUUCACACAGGGGAGAAACCAUUUUCUUGCACAGAAUGUGGGAAACGUUUCACUACAAAGAGCCAGCUUAGCAGCCAUUACAAGAUUCACACAAGGGAGAAACCCUUUGCUUGUGCAGAUUGUGAGAAAAGCUUCAUUUUAAAGCGAAACCUUACCAGACACCAGGGAAUUCAUGUGCGAGAGAAACUUUUAUGUGUAGGGAAUUCGGGAAACCUUAUACUGCAAAGUCCAAAUAGCAACACCGUCAUCCUCACAGGGGAGAAACCAUUCACUUGCACAGAAUGGGGUUUCCCCAAUAGAAGGUUUCAUCUCCUCCCCCAGAACAUUCAUACAGGGGAAGAGAUACAGUCACUGAUUUCUCCUCCAUAUUCUCCCAUUCCAACAUUGCCUAUUGGCCAUUGGAGCUGCCAAUCAUAUCUGUAGGUACCAACCCACACACUAUGGGGUUAUUUGUAUGUAAAAUAUAUUCCUCAAUAAAUGUAAUGCAAUAUUUCAGUU